AUGCCUCAAAUCAACGGACAGGAAGUUGGGCCAACUGGCUUUGGGCUCAUGGGCUUGACAUGGCGACACACGCCUCCGUCGCAGGAGCAGGCCUUUGAGACGCUGCGGGCGUCGCUCAAGAACGGCAUGAACUUCUGGAACGGCGGCGAGUUCUACGGCACUCCCGAGUACAACUCGCUGGUGCUCCUCGAGCAGUUCUUUGAAAAGUACCCCGAGGAUGCCGACAAGGUCGUGCUGAGCAUCAAGGGCGCCUCGGGCGCACACGGCCCCGACGGCUCGCCCGAGAACGUGCGCCGCUCCAUCGACAACUGCCUGAAGCUGCUCAAGGGGCGCAAGAAGCUCGACAUCUUCGAGUGCGCCCGCCGCGACCCCAAGGUGCCGCUCGAAGUCACCUUUGCCGUCAUUCAGGAGUACAUCGACAAGGGCCUGGUCGGCGGCAUCUCGCUGAGCGAGGUCAAGGCCUCGACCAUCCACGAGGCCGUCAAGCUAGCCAAGAUCGUCGCCGUCGAGGUCGAGCUGAGCCUGUUCUCGCCCGACGUGCUCACCAAUGGCGUCGCAGCCGCGUGCGCCGAGCACAACAUCCCCCUGGUGGGCUAUUCGCCCGUCGGGAGGGGCAUGCUGACGGGCCGCUUCAAGACGUUUGAAGACCUCCCAGCAGAAUUGAGCCACUUUCCGCGCUUCACGCGCGAAAACUUCGAGAACAACGUGCAGCUUGCGCGGCAGAUCGAUGUGCUGGCCGAGAAGAAGGGCUGCACGCCGGCGCAGCUGGCCAUCUCGUGGACGCGCAACGUGGCCAAGCGCCCCGGAAUGCCCGUCAUCAUCCCCAUCCCCGGCGCCACCACCGCCGCGCGCGUCGACGAGAACGCCCGCUACGUCGACAUCACCGACGCCGAGAUGGCCGAGAUUGAGGCCACGUUGGCCAAGUUCGAGGUCAAGGGCCCGCGCUACCCCGCCUACAUUCCCAUGGACGGAUAA